CUGCUGCAGCAGAGAGGAGAGGAGCGCGGAGGAGACAACACACUGGACAGUUCUGAGGUGCUGGCCGGGCUCAUUGGAGUCAUCCUCUCCUCCGAACACACUUCAGGACGACAUUACCGUUUACUGACAGCACACAGAGCGAACAUUUUAAGAACAGACCGUGCCAGUCCUGUGCUGGGCCGAUUUUAUAUAGCCCAAAAAAAAAAACGCAGUUUAGGGGCGGCAUCAGACCAAUCACAGUAACAGUAACACUUCCAGCUCACCUCGCCUGGAGAUGGAGGUCCGCCUUUAAGGGCUCGGGGUAACCCGACUCGGCCAGAAUUUCGCCAAAAUUACGACGGGAAUCAAGUACAGCUGCCUGUCUCCCGGCAACGGGGCAGACCACCGGCCGCUCGUCAUGUCUCGUGCCAAGGAGCGGCUGAAAGGCGGGAAUGAGACCAAGGACAGCGUCACUCUGCUGCCGUGCUUUUAUUUUGUAGAGCUCCCGAUCCUGGCCUCUUCUGUCGUCAGUCUUUAUUUCCUGGAGCUGACUGAUAUUUUCCAGCCGGUGCAUUCUGGGUACACUUGUAAUGACCGCAGUCUAUCACUGCCCUACAUCCUCCCCAGGCAGGAAGUGUGCCCACUGCCUUUGCUCUUCAGCUUGACAUUCGCUGCUCCCACUGCAACCAUUCUGAUAGGAGAGGCCAUUCUGUACUGCUAUCUAUCCAGGAGGUCAUCGACCACUGAGGCCAACAUCAACGCUGCAGGCUGUAAUUUCAACUCCUACAUUCGCAGAGCUGUACGCUUCAUAGGUGUCCACAUCUUUGGCUUGUGUGUAACAGCACUGAUCACUGAUAUUCUCCAGCUGUCCACUGGUCAGCACACUCCCUACUGGUUGGAUGUGUGUAAACCCAAUUUGACCCACAUUAACAUGUCCACUUGUGAUGAAGCUUUUAUUCUCGAGGAUAUCUGCUCUGGACAGGACACUGGGCUCAUAAAUGCUGGGAGGAAGUCUUUCCCCUCUCAGCAUGCAACUCUGGCUGCCUUUGCUGCUGUCUACAUCUCAAUGUACUUCAACACAGUGCUGACAGACUCGGCCAAGCUGCUGAAGCCUCUCCUGGUCUUCUCUUUUGUCAUGCUGGCCAUCCUGGCUGGGUUAACCAGGAUCAUCCAGUUCAGAAACCAUCCUGUUGAUGUCUACUGUGGAUGGUUAUUGGGAGCUGCCAUCGCCAUUUAUCUGGGUGUGUACGCAGUGGGGAAUUUCCAGCCCAGUGAGGAUCGGUCCAGAAGUCAACCACCUCCCCCCACCCUGAGAGAGCCCCCCCUCUCCUCCCUACCCAAUGUCAGCCAAUCAGCAAUUAGCAACAGUCACCAAGGUCACCACACCCUGGCUCCCAGCCAACCUGAGCCCAUCAUCACUAGGACCUCAUCUCAUACCCUGUCCCCCAACCGACCAGAGCCCAUACUGACGCGAAGUUCCUCCUAUCGAGAGCCCUCUAUGUCUAUGAAGAGAGCCAGUGCAGAAGUGGAGGCAAUAACUCCAUCCAGUCCUCUGGGUAACCAUGACAACAUGACCUUCAGCAGCAGCACACUGCCCAGGUCCCACGGAGGUUCCUCACUUGACGAGGGGCGAAUUCCUCGACGUCACGCCUCCAUCCACGCGUCAAUGGACUCAACCCGAUCCAAACAGCUGCUCAGCCAAUGGAAGAAUAAGAAUGACAACAGGAAGCUGUCCCUGCAGGUGAUGGAUGGAAUAAGACCAACGUCUUCCUCAUCUCCACAGAGGAAUAUGGAGCUGCGCUGCUCCUCUGAGCCUUCUGCCAUGGGCCUGGAGGCAGAGCUCCGCGGAGGAACACACCUGCCUUCAGUCACUGGUCAGGAAACAGAGCUGCGUUCUGGGGUCCCCAUCCCAGUUCAGUACAUGAAGCUGGCAGCAAGCUCAGUUCCCAUGGUCAGUCAUAAUCACCUGGCCCUUAAUGGCAGCACCGGAUUGGCUGGUGGGGCCAGAGUGUCUAUCCAAUCCCGGCCUGGUUCCUCCCAGCUGGUUCACAUUCCUGAGGAGGAAAACCUCACCAGCAGGGAUCAGGAGAGUGAAUCAGAGGACAGCAUUAUGGACGGCGGCGGGUCAGUGAGAGAAAAGUGGCUGAGAGUGGCGGAGAAGACCACCAUCCCCUGCAGGCCACUCAGUGCAGGAGGACAGCCCCGUCUGAUGCAGGUGAUAGCCUUAUCCAAACAGCAGGGUUUGCUUCACUCUCCUCGCUCAGAGGAUGGUGGCAGUACCGUCAGCUGCACAGGAUCCAUUCGGUACCGAGCCCUCACAGACCAGGACCCUUCACCACCGGCCUCCACCACUGGAGCUGUGGGAGGAGGAGGGGGAGGUUUGGAAAGAAGUGGCAGUAUAGUCCGUGUUGAAGCCCACCCAGAGUCCAGAUCACAUAAACCUGUGGUGAAACCUCCAAGCACUGACGGGAGCGGCUCCUGGAGAUGGAAACCACCAGAUCAACGAGCUUCACUCCGACAGUCAACUUUCACCCUUAAUGACCUGAACAGACAUACAGACAGCUGUGAUUCGCUGAGGGAUGGAGGUUCAUUGGAUGGGCGGAGGAGCGUGACAGGGACCGAGACAGAGAGUGAAGGGGGAGAUGGAGGGGGUGGAGGAGGAGGAGGAGGGAGUGUAUACAUAAACCAUCCACAUAUCAUACACCCUUUACAUCCCUUACAUCCCAAUAACCCCAACAACUUCCAGCACCCCAGCUUUAACCCCAACAAUCCCAAUAACCCUAACAAUUUCCAGCACCCCAACUUUAACCCCAACAAUCCCAGUAGCCUCCAGAACCCCAACUUUAACCCCAACAAUCCCAACAACUUCCAGAACCCCAACUUUAAUCCCAACAAUCCCAACAACUUCCAGAACCCCAACUUUAACCCCAACAAUCCCAAUAACCCUAACAACUUCCAGCACCCCAACAAUCCCAAUAACCCCAACUUUAACAAUGCUCAUGUUAACUUCAACCCCAACUCUGUCAACUCCAACAUGCCAUUCACCCCCACUGUCACUUUUGCUCCUCCCUUCCACCCCCACCCUCAGGCCAUUACCACCAUAAGAGUCACACCAGUGGAGGGAACGGCUGCCAGCAGUGAUGGCGGCUCAGACUGCCAGUCUGUCGCCUCAUCCAGCCGUGAGUCGACGUUGAGAAGGAAGAGUGGCUCCCACACUGUCCACAUGCCUGAUCGAGGGCCCACCCCCGAGCUUGACAACAACCACCGCCUGUGUGACGACAGCAACCGCCUCGACAACGAAAGCAGCAACCGUUUCCAUGAAAAUCUUCGAAGUUUUCAAGAAAACCCCAUCCAUCCCAUGCACUCCAACCAUCCCAACAGGCAGGUGAUGUUUGGCCGUCCGAGCCCAACCCCUCCCCCCACCUUACCCCGCCCCAUUCUGACUCACACUCCACCUCCUACUCUGGGGUUGGCCUAUAAAGAAUGAUGCACUCUGUGUUCAGUUCAUCCAUCAACACCUGUGGUACAAAUGUCCACUACCUUCACUGGAGAUGCUACUUUGUCCAAACAGAACAUCAGACAGGGAUAAAAUUGAAAGGAAAAUCUGUCUACCACCCAGGGUCAGUAAUAAGGGGAUGGCCACAGAGAGUCUCUCACCUGACCAAUCAGGGCACAAUUCAGCUAACUGUGUAUCCAGAGCAUCCCAGCUGGUUUAGUUACCAACCAGAUAAAUGUUGUGUCUUAUUAAGAGGCGUUCUGUAGGCUUUUUUAAAACCUACCAGCAAUAGGUUCAUGAUUCACUUUGGGUCGCAAGCCAUAGAGAGUUCAAACACAACUAGCCCUGCCCCACCACCUCCAGCUGGUCAGUAAGAGAGGACUAUAGUCAUGGUCCUGUAUGUGAGGGAACACUGAUUCAAUCUUUUCCCUUGUUUUGUUUUUUUAAUAUCCUGUUCUGCUGGAUACACCAGUCAUUCUUUUGUAAACGUAAUAAUCUGAGCACACAAAUACAAUGGGCUAAAUAAAAUGCUGACGCAAUCAGAGGGAGAGACUCAGUCGCCUUAGUAUGUCCCAUCGCUCCCUGUCCUCUGACUGCUGGGUCAGCUGUAAAUGGGAUCACACUCUUAUUACAAUAUUUAUACAUGCAGUAUAUUCUCAUUCUGUGGUCAAACACAGGUAAUGGUAUAUAAACAUAACUGUAUAUUCAUUUGCAUUUGGAGCCCAUAACUCUGCUGUGUUUGUACAUAUGAAUGUGGGUGUCCACUGUGGCUCUUCAUUGUGUCUGGGCUACACCAAGUCCCAUUGGGGCCAUAACAGUAUCUCUUAGUUCACGGUGGUAUUGUGUUUGUGUUGGAUAAGAACAAUAUGAUGGGGCAAACAUUGUGUUUAAAUAUAUUUUUCUUUUUAACAUGCUGUGUUUUAAUAAUGUGCAGUAUGUGAAUUAUCUUACUGUGUAGUAGCUGUACUGUUCACAUGCAGCCUGUAAUUCAUCUCAAAACUUAGACAUACAUCCUAAAAUGGAAGGAAGUCCAGUAUUUGUUUUUCUUUGGUUCAUUUUAUAAUCUCAUCAUGGCUCCCAUUGUGUUUGUGAUUGCAGUUGAGUUUAAGGGCAGCUAUUGGGGAAAAUAAGUCUGAUAUUCUCAGAACAAAGUCAGAAUUAUUGGAGAAAAAGGUUACAAGAGAGGGAAAAUGACAAACAAUAAAUCAAUUAACAACACAAUACACACGGAUAAGAAUAGUUAAGAAAGUUGUAAUUUUUACAAUAUCAAGGUCAAUGACAAGGUUUGUAAUUUUUUAAAAAGGGCAUAAUAUUGUAAUAUAUUAUAUUAAAAUAUAAAGUGCAAUUGUAAAAGUAAGUGCAAUAUUAAAAUAAUAAAGUCCUACAUUACAAAAAGA